AUGACUGGCUCAACACGUAUAUACAAUCGUCAACAUAGUGCAACAACAGGUAGUUCAAAAAUGGAGAAAUCUUGUGGUUCACAACUUCGUCGAUGUUCAUCUACUAAUGAUCGAGAUUCAAUUGAAUUAAUAUCUGUUGAUGAUCAACUUAAAGAAAAUUUAUUUUAUAAACGAAAAAAUUCAAUAAGUGAUGAUGAUUCAGGUACAGAAGAAAUCGAACAACAACUCGAAUAUAUGUGUAUAACAAAUGUUAAUGAUAAUGAAGAUAAAUUAUCAAUAAAAUCUUUUGGUCCUAAUCUUGAUGAAGGUUUUUCUGAAUGUGAAAUUCAAUCUGAAUCAACAAUUUCACUUAUCAAAAUAGAUCUUAACCUUGCUAAAAGUAUUCCUGAUGAUACAAAAAAAAAUUUCUGUUUUGAUACAAGUGUAGCAUUUCAUGGUGAAUUUGCUCGGCUUAUUUCAGUUCCAUUAUCAUUAUGUCAUAAUGUUCGUUAUUAUCUUUUUGCUGAAGAAGAACUUAUCAAUGGACCACAUAUGAAUUUUAAAGCUGAAUGUCUUAAACUUGACAAUGCUAAAGCACAAUUUAAAUGUCCAGAUACAAAUUGUCAACAUGCAUGGACAUCAAUGCGAGCUCGAAUUUCAUUUUCAAUUAGUUCACCAGAUGUUGGAUUUAUUGUACUUAAAAUUUUCGGACAAAAUUGUCAAUAUUGUGGUACAUAUACUAAUGCUCUUUGGUAUAUUGAUGAAGUUUGUCGAGUAAUGAAAAAUUUGGCUAGAGCACUUUUUGAAACCUAUUAUCCUGAUAUGAUAAACAAUGUCGAUUUAGAAAUUCAGGAAGUAACACAAAACGAAAAAAAUCAAUCUCGUCAGUCGUCACGUCAUGAUCCUACUCAAAGAAAAGGAAAAAUGUUGGCACCACAUGUUAAAGAAUUCUGUGAAGCAUGUCAACGUGGAUUAUGUUUUAUUUAA